ACGGGGGAUGCUGAAGGCGGGCUAGUGCCAGCGCGCACGGACGGCGCCGCUUGCACCAUGCGCGGCCAGGAGAAGUCUUGAUAGCACUGCAGACAUGCACGCAUUCGCUCGACGACCGCAGCCUGGCAUUCACCGCGCGCGAUGGCGAGUCGAACGGCCCGGCCGUGGCUCCCAGUGUCCGCGGCGCCGUUUUUGCUGCAACGGCCUCCCGCGGUCGCCUGCACUUGAUCUCGCUGGAACAUCACGGCAUCUCAACCAGGAGCUGUUGGUGCUAUCCUCAGGGCUCCCUCCGUCCCAUGCCUCCCCGACGAGCAGCCCCGCCGCUCAUGCCUGGACUGGAUGCAUAGCAACGGGCCACGGCCGCCCUGCGUCUUUGCCGGGUGCUGCGAGUGUAUGCCAGUGCCACAGUGCCGCAUCGGAGCAACGAGCCGCCAGCAGCACGCAUUCCGCGCCUGGCAAUAACAAGAUGGUUGCGGUGCGAGCGACGAGCGGCGAGGGCCAGAGGGUAUGUGCAAGCCUGGCUAAUCAGCGUGCUGCUCCGCUCACGCCUGCUUCGGCGCGUCAAGAGCGCAUUGCGGCCAGUCGCUGCCCCGGCCUGGCAUCUCCCGCCGCCUCGCCGGAAAGUGCGGCUGAUGGCGUGCACUGCAAGAACGGUAGGCUGGGCAAUACGAGCGCGCAUGGCUGGUGGUUGUUCAGUGAUAAGGUCGAGUCGUCCUGCAUGCUACCCCGCCGAGCCGGGAGACGCCAUCUGACGACGCUUGCCGCAUGCCCUCUUCUGCCUGGCCGGUCUGCCUGGGUGGGUUUGCAGGAACAUACCGCCUGGCCGAACGCGGCCUGCACCGCGGAGACGGCUCCUCCACCAGGAGCGCGGGAACUGCGAGCCAAAGCCGCAGCAAGAAGGUGAAGCUGGCGGCGAGAUUGGGCG